AUGCGGCGACGUGGAGGUCACGAAUUAGAGGAAAAGAUGAAGUUAGAAAAAGGCCACAACAAAUUUAAGAUAUUUGGAAGCAAAGAAUUAGAGAAAGCAACAAAUCAUUUUGAUGAUAAAAAUAUUAUUGGGAGAGGAGGAAAUGGAGUUGUGUAUAAAGGAGUUUUGGAAAACCAAGAUGUUGUUGCCAUAAAGAAACCUAAGAUUAUCAAUGAGGAUUUGAAGAAACAAUUCGGAAUAGAGACACUUAUUUUAUCAGAUGUUAACCAUGUCAACAUAGUAAAGCUCUUGGGUUGUUGUUUGGAGAUGGAGAUGCCAUUGUUGGUCUAUGAGUUUGUCCCAAAUGGAACCUUGUCUGAUUUAAUUCAUAAAAAUGAGAACCGAGCGCUAGUUUCCUUGGAUACUCGACUACAAAUUGCUUAUCAGUCUGCUGACGCUUUGGACUACUUGCACUCAAAAGUUUCACCUCAAAUCAUUCAUGGGGACGUGAAACCUUCUAAUAUACUUUUAGAUAUGGAUAACACAGUAAAAAUUUCAGACUUUGGAGCUUCAAAGAUGAUUCCCAAGGGGGAAAAACAAUUUGCUACAUUAUUGCAAUUCACUCAUGGUUAUAUUGAUCCAGAGUGCCUGAUGACAUAUGCUUUGACCUAUAAAAGUGAUGUCUAUAGUUUUGGUGUGCUUCUCUUGGAACUAUUUACAGGUAAGAAGGCCAUUAAUUUUGCAGAAUCUGAAGAACAAAGGAGUUUGGUGUCGACUUUUGCUAUGUUCGUGAGUGAAAAAAGAGUUUCAGAGAUCUUAGACAAUCAAGUGAAAUUGGAAGCUAAUAUGGAAUUUAUUCAAGAGCUUACCAAACUUAUUAAGCAAUGUGUAAAGUCAAAUGGAGAGGAUAGGCCAACCAUGAAGGAAGUGGCCGAAGAGCUUUACAGAUUGAGAACUCACAAGCAACAUCCAUUCGUGGUACAACAAGACGUUGAGGAAAUGGAAAGCUUGCUCAUUGAGUCAUCAAAUUUUAACAAUGCUGGUUCCUAUUCUAAUUUCAGUACAGAGACCAUAUUCACUGAAUGGAGCAAUAUGCAAGGCUGA